CAUCCUCAAUUCCCUCCUGGGCUUGAGGUCACCGACGAGGUGCUAGAAAAGGCUGCCGGAACGGAUGUUAACAACAUCUUCCAGCUGACCGUCGAGAUGUUCGACUACAUGGAUUGCGAACUGAAAUUGUCGGAAUCAGGCUCAAAGGUACAUCUCCCAGCUGAAGGCUCAGGUGAACAGCUUGGAGGCUGAGGUGGAAGACCAGAGGAUGCAGAAGCAGAAGGCUUUGGUGGACAACGAGCAGCUGAGAGAUGAGCUGGAGAAGCUUCAGAGAGCCAAAUUUGAAGGGGACAAGAACCGCGGACUCUACUUGGAAGCAGAAAAAAAAGCCAGCACCACCGAAAUCCGGUACGCCAAGCUGAAGGAGAAGCACAACGAAUUAAUCAACACGCACGCGGAGCUUUUGAGAAAGAACGCAGACACCGCCAAGCAGCUGACCGUCACUCAGCAGAGCCAGGAAGAGGUCGCCCGGGUCAAGGAACAGCUGGCUUUCCAGAUGGAGCAAGUCAAGCGGGAGUCGGAAAUGAAGUUGGAAGACCAGAUGCUCCAGGUGGAAGCGGUCAAGAGAGAGAUGGACUCCAAAGCAGAAGAACUGAAUCAGCUCCAGCAAUCGCUCAGCCAUUCUAAGCAGGUUGGUUCGGAGCUCAACAGCCAGCUGGACGCCCUUCAAGCCGAAAAGGAGACCCUGAGGAAAUCGGUCAACGAGAAGGAAUGCGAGCUCAUCUCAACCAAGGGCCUGCUUGAAGAGAAGGAACUGCUGUUGAGCCAGGAAACCGAGAAGAGGGCCAGGGAAGUGGAGGAACUCCAGGAAAAGUUGGUGGAAAAA